AUGUCCAAGCCAGCGAGCAAGGCUGCAUCCCAGAAGCCUUAUGGGAGACCACAGAAAGUGGUCAAUAAAACAGUGGAUCUGCUGAAGAAGAAUGAGAGAGCUAGUGCGGCCGGGAAGGGCAAGGAGAGGCAAGUCUUGGGAGAUGUCAUGGGUUUAGUCGAUGAAGUAAAAAGACUUCCCAACCUGAUACAAGUUGAAAAAUUCGCGCAGACGAGAGCCAUGGAAAUACAUGCCUUCCAAACUGCUAUCAAGAGCGCAGCGACGCAAGGAAACACUCGAGCAUUCCAGUCGCUCCCUAGACAUCUUCGUCGUCGAGCUGCUAGUCAUAACCCUCGCCGAGUGCCAAAACGCCUCCGUAGCCGAGCAGCUGCCGAAAUUGACGCUGCCGACAACAUCGCCAAAAAGCAUCGCAAGAUUGCCAAACUUCGCGCCAAAGGCAACCUUCGCUCGCACCUAUCCCGCACCGCCCUCUUCCGUAUACGUCAACGCUCCAAGCGCUGGCUCCCUACCCAUAUAUGGCACGCCAAGCGCCACCACAUGGUCAACCACUGGGGAUGGAGACUUCCUAUGAGCCCGACACUGAAGAGUUUCAGGCCGGCAUAUAGAGCAGGGAGGCGGAAAGCGGUCGCUUGGGAUGUGAGCUACUAUGGGGUUAUUGAACUGGAAGGGUGGAGAGAGGAUAUCAUACGACUGCUUGGUGGUGUGACGGACGGAAAGUUUGCGGGUGAUAUGUUCGAAAGUGGGGCUAGGGUAGCCAGCAUCUCGUUCUACCAAUAUGACGCUUUCCCUCAAGGGCUGAUCGGGCCUGGAGAAGUCUUUUGGCAGCCUACAACUCACGCGAAAAAUGGUAGAACGGUUUGGAUCCGACUCCACCCUUCAAUCUUCAACCACGUUUGGACGCUCUUCAAAACCACUUCGCUACACAUUCUGAGUGAAGCCGGGUCAUCCUCCAGUGCUAGUCAAGGCUUACAGAUCCGAGAUCUGAGAGACCAGCUGGAAGCGCUGGAGAUAAUGGGACCAAAGUCUGGAGAGGUACUUCGACGUGUGUUGAGGCUAUGCAAGUCUGAGGAGACACUCAAGCAGAGAGUGUUUAACGGGUUGCAAGACCCCUCGAACAUACCUGAUGGCACUGUGAUCGGUCUCCAAGCUUACGACCCUCGUCUCCAUUUCCCCCCGCCCAAGCUCUCAGAAGCUGAGCAGUCCGGCACCAACGACGGAGUCCUUCGCGACGAUAUCAUUGAGCCGACAAUGGAGCUGGCUUUCUCUUUGUUGUGGGAUGCCGAGUCACGAGAAAAUGCCUCGGAAGUCACAUAUACUAAGUUCCAGCUCGACGCUCGGCGGCACAAGCUCGGAUUGCCAGGAACGAGACUGCAUCCCCGGCAGUCUGAUGACCGACUCCCCAUCAUGCUAUUCAAGCGCUCCACACAUCCUCCCCCCUCUACAACUCCCCAAUCAUUCCACGGCUUCACACUCAUUCUCCCGACUUCGUGGGCCCAGUACCUCCUCACCUCUAUCGCCUACACCGGUACGCUCAUCGGCGGUCUCAACGAGCGCAAAGUGCAGCACAGGGAAGCUGGCGUGCAUAGUUUUCCAGAGUAUUUCAGCGGAGUUUGUGAGGCGGGGGAUAGGUGGCACGAGGGUAAGGCUGCAUUUGAGAAGGAGACGUGGGAUAGGAAGCCGCCUGGAAAGAGGGUGGAGUUUGCAAAGGUUGGGACCAGUAGCCCUUGGACGCCAGACUGGGACAAAUUGCUGGUAAGUGUCUAUCUCAAUUCUGGCAUGCUAGUCGCUGAUUAUAGCCAGAGUGGAGACACAUCUGCCGAAGAGGCGUCUUUGAACACUUCCUCGCCCUGCAAACCUUACCUGCUCCCACAUCCCUUUUCCACCUACAUCUCAUCCAGCCUUACCCCUCUACAGCUCCUGAAACAGCUCAACACAUUUCGUCGUCAGCGCUCUUUGUCCGCUUUGCCCCCGACCAAAGCUGAGGCUUUGUUCAAUGAGACAGUGUUACAUGUUGAGAUAGACGUGUUGGGCAGAGGGUCGCCGGGCGAUAUGGCGAUGAUCUGUGGGCUGGUGGGUGAAGAAAGAGAAAAGUGGAUCCAAGCGUACGAGCGGGAAGACGACGGCUUCAACUUUGCUGGAGAAGUGACUGAAUUGCAGAAGCUCGGUCAAGCCCCAUCGUCACAUCAGAGACUGAUAGGCUAUACUGACUCGGGCAAUAUCUCUCUCACUCGCGGACAAGGCCACGCGCUCGGGACUAUCACCUUGCGAGGGUAUGUUGAGCUUCUCCAGGCUGCUUAUCCUUCUGCCGCUGGCCAGAAAGGCCAUGUCAAGGGCUGGGAAGGGAAGGCGCUUGUCUGUGUGAAGAACAGGGACGGGAUAGUCGGCAGAUUUGGGGAGGUCCGGGUGUGUGGGUGA